UUGCUGGAAUGCUCACAUGGUCCACACAAUUACUAAGCAGCACUCAGGUUGUAGCUCCACGGUAUGUCCAGCAGGGGUCGGUAGUUGACCGUCUCUAGCUGGACUGGAACUUCAGAGCUGGACUGGGAGCAGCCAGCUUUGAUAACGUUAGCUAAAAGCCAGCCUGCGGCUUCUGUUCCCUACGAGCCGAGCUGCAUCCAUUAACAAGGCUCCAGCGAGGUUCUGUUUGCUGUACUGGAGAACAGGUGUUUCUUCCUGUUGGUCACAACGAGGCACCUGAGUUUAACUGGACCUCCAGCUCUGCAGGGAAAAUAGAGCCAAGUAUAAAGUAUAAACGUGUGGAGUUUGUCACCAUGUUUAAUCUGAUGAAAAAGGAUAAGGAGAGAGAAGGAAGUAGGAAGGAGAAGAAAGAUAAGAAGGAGAGGAUGUCUGCAGCAGAACUGCGCAGUUUGGAAGAGAUGAGCAUGCGGCGUGGUUUCUUCAACCUGAAGAGGGAGGCCAAGCGGGAAUCCAAGAACAAACUGGAGAUCUCCAACCCCAUUCCCAUCAAAGUGGCCAGUAGCAACGAGCUCACACUCACUGACAUUGAGUCAGACGGCUUGAGCAGCCGAAACAGCAUGGUUCUGGAUGACCAACUGAGCGCUGCCAGCUCCACUGACGACCUGAAGGGUGAGGGUGGAGGAGGACAGGACGGACACCGCGGCUCAGUACGUGAUCGCGUGGCUCACUUUGGUUCACUUGCCAAGCAGAACUCCUCACAGGUGGGACAGAUGAUGAAACGCUUCUCCUUUUCCCAGAGGAGCAAAGAGGAGAGCCCCUCAGAGGGCUCCACCCCCUCAGGCCAGAACUCUGCUGCCCCAUCCCCGCAGGUGGAGAACAAAGUUUUCAGCAUGCUGCGCAAGCACAGCCUCAAGCAGCAGCCUGGAGAACCAGCAACCAAAAAAGUCUGCAUUCCCGAAGUGGUCGACAAGACCUUCCCUGCACAGCUGCAGCUGCCAGCUGUGGUUGCACCAAGUGUACCAGAAACACGCGAGUUGGAGCUCCAACGCCGCAACACUGGCGACUUUGGAUUUUCCUUGCGUCGCACCACUAUGCUGGACCGCAGCCCUGAUGGAGGAGUGUACAGGCGUGUGGUCCACUUUGCUGAGCCCGGCGCCGGAACCAAGGACCUGGCGCUGGGGCUGGUACCUGGCGACAGGUUGGUUGAAAUAAACAGACGGAAUGUGGAGAACAAGAGCAGGGACGAGAUAGUAGAGAUGAUCCGUCAGUCUGGAGACACUGUGAGGCUGAAGGUGCAGCCCAUCCUGGAGCUGAGUGAGCUGAGCCGCUGCUGGCUGAGGAACACUGAGGGGCUGCGCAGGGAGGCCAGACAUGUGAAGACGGAGGAGCAGAUUGCAGCGGAGCAGGCUUGGUAUGGAUCAGAGAAAGUCUGGCUAGUCCACAAAGAUGGCUUUUCCCUGGCCACCGUGGUGAAGACAGAGGCUGGCUCCCUGCCAGAGGGCAAGGUGAAAAUCAAACUGGAGCACGAUGGGACGACACUAGAUGUGGACGAAGACGACAUAGAAAAGGCCAACCCUCCAUCAUACGACCGAUCAGAUGACCUGGCUUCGCUGCUGUAUCUGAAUGAAUCCAGUGUGAUGCACUGCCUUAGGCAGCGCUAUGGAGGCAACCUCAUCCACACCUACGCUGGACCCAACAUGGUAGUCAUCAACCCCCUAAGCACACCCUCCAUGUACUCUGAGAAGGUGAUGCACAUGUUCAAAGGCUGUCGCAGAGAGGACUCUGCUCCUCAUAUCUACUCUGUGGCCCAGUCGGCCUACCGCAAUCUGCUCACCACCCGACAGGAUCAGUCCAUCGUGCUGCUGGGCAAGUCUGGCAGCGGCAAGACCACAAACUGCCAGCACCUGGUCCAGUACCUGGUCUCCAUUGCUGGGAGUACUGGCAAAAUCUUCUCUGCUGAGAAGUGGCAGGCGGUCUACACCAUCCUGGAGGCUUUUGGCAACAGCUCCACCUCUAUGAACACUAACGCCAGCCGCUUCUCCCAUGUAGUGUCCCUCGACUUCGACCAGACUGGGCAGGUGGCCUCAGCCUCUAUCCAGACGAUGCUGCUGGAGAAGCUGAGGGUGACCAGACGACCUGAGGCCGAGUCCACCUUCAACGUCUUUUACUAUGUGAUGGCUGGAGCCGACAGCAGCCUGAGAACGGAGCUGCACUUUAAUCACCUGGCUGAGAACAGUGCUUUUGGGAUCCUACCACAGUCUAAGCCUGAGGACAAGCAGCGAGCCUCGCAGCAGUUUACCAAGCUGCAGGCAGCCAUGAAGGUGUUAGGAAUCUCUGGUGAAGAGCAGAAGGCCCUAUGGCUCAUCUUGGGGGCCGUUUACCACUUGGGGGCUGCAGGAGCCACUAAAGAUGGAGAUGAAGCGGGGCGGAGGCAAUUUGCCCGUCAUGAAUGGGCCCAGAAGGCAGCUUACCUGCUGGGCUGUACGUUGGAGGAGCUGUCCUCUUCUAUCUUUAAGCACCAGGCCAAAGGACUGCAGCACUCCACCUCAUUCAGAGGGGGAUCUGACGAGGCUGGCCAAGGUGACAGCUCAGGCUCUAAGGUAACAGCUCUAGAGUGUUUGGAGGCCAUGGCAUCCGGACUCUACUCAGAGCUCUUCACUCUUGUCAUCUCCCUCAUUAACAGGGCUCUGAAGUCCAGUCAACACUCUCUGUGCUCCCUGCUGAUUGUGGACACCCCGGGUUUUCAGAACCCUCGGCGGGCUCAGCAGCAGCGGGGAGCCACAUUUGAGGAACUCUGCCACAACUACACCCAGGAAAGGCUGCAGACUCUGUUCCAUGAACGGACCUUCGUCCAAGAGUUGGAGAGAUACAAGGAGGAAAACAUAGAGCUUGCUUUAGAUGACAUAGAAUCCAGUACCUCACUGUCUGUAGCAGCUAUUGACCAAGCCUCAACCCAAGCUCUGGUGCGUACUCUGGCCCGGACAGAUGAGGCUCGGGGCCUUCUUUGGCUGAUGGAGGAGGAGGCUGUUCAGCCUGGAGGUUCAGAGGAAACCAUGCUGGAGAGACUCUUCAACUACUAUGGCACUGCACAGGGAGAAAAAAAAGGAGCCAGUCUGCUGCUGCGAGGAGAGAAGCCCCACCUCUUCUUGCUGGGCCACAGCCACGGGACAGACUGGGUUGAGUACAAUGCUCAGGGCUGGCUGAGCCAUGCCAAGCACAACCAUGCUGCCCAGAACGCUGCCACACUACUGCAGGACUCCCAGAAGAAGAACAUCAGCGGGCUGUUUAUGGGCCGGGCUAGCGGGGCCACAGUGUUGUCGGGCUCCAUCGCAGGUCUAGAGGGAAGCUCCCAGCUGGCCCUGCGACGAGCCACCAGCAUGAGGAAAACCUUCACCACAGGAGUGGCUGCCGUCAAGAAGAAGAGCCUGUGUAUCCAGGUCAAACUCCAAGUGGAUGCUCUGAUUGACAUGGUGCGUCGCUCCAGGGUUCACUUCGUCCACUGCCUGCUGCCCAAAGCAGAGGCAGUGGGUGGAGGAGGUGAGCCCCGUGUUGUGCAAGGAGAGAGCCCCGAGUCGGGCCUUAUGACUCUGGACGUAGGCCUCCUGAGAGCUCAGCUCCGAGGAUCCAAGCUGCUGGAUGCGCUGCGCAUCUACAGGCAAGGUAAUGAAGUACUUGUGGAAAUCUUGUUUUUUAAUUUUUAUUUUAUUUAAAUACCAAGAAUGCAACAUUAAAAUGGUCAGGAAAACAUUGUCGACAGCAAAAAUGCAGUGGAGGAGCUGCUGGAGUCCUUGGAACUGGAAAAGAGCAGCUACCACAUGGGGCUAAGCCGGGUGUUCUUCAGAGCAGGGACUUUGUCCAGGCUUGAGGAGCAGCGGGACGUUCAGACCAGGAGGAACAUCUCUCUGUUCCAGGCUGCCUGCAGGGGAUACCUGGCUAGACAGGCCUUUAAGAAGAGGAAGAUCCAGGAUCUGGCCAUCCGCUGCAUCCAGAAGAAUAUAAAGAAGAAUCGUGGUGUCAAAGGCUGGCCGUGGUGGAAGCUCUUCACCACCGUCAGGCCUCUGAUAGAGGUGCAGCUCACUGAGGAACAGAUCCGCGGCAAGGACGAAGAGAUCCAACAGCUGAAGCAGAAGCUGGAGAAGGUGGAGAAAGAGAGGAAUGAGCUGAGACUUAACAGCGACCGCCUCGAGAGCCGGAUUACAGAGCUGUCAUCAGAGCUGGCUGAUGAGCGGAACACCGGGGAGUCUGCCUCCCAGCUGCUGGAGACUGAAACUUCUGAGAGACUCCGCCUGGAGAAGGACAUGAAGGACCUGCAGGCCAAGUUUGACAGCAUGAAGAAACAGAUGGAAUCCAUGGAGAUGGAGGUGAUGGAGGCUCGACUCAUCAGGGCUUCUGAGCUCAAUGGAGAAAUGGAUGAUGACGACACAGGUGGAGAGUGGAGGCUAAAGUAUGAACGAGCCAUCAGGGAGAUUGAAUUCACCAAGAAGAGACUACAGCAGGAGUUUGAUGACAAGCUGGAGGUGGAGCAGCAGAACAAACGGCAGCUGGAGAGGAGGAUCAGCGACCUGCAGGCCGAUAACGAGGAGUCCCAGCGAAACAUUCAGCAGCUGAAGAAGAAAACCCAACGACUCACAGCAGAGCUGCAGGACACCAAACUUCACUUGGAGGGCCAACAGAGCCGCAACCACGACCUUGAGAAGAAACAGAGGAAGUUUGACAGUGAGCUGAGUGCAGCCCAGGAGGAGGUGCAGAGGGAGCGGAGCCUGAGGGAGAAACUGGCGCGCGAGAAAGACAUGCAGAGCGGAGACGCUUUCAGCCUCCGACAGCAGUUGGAGGACAAGGAUCUGGAGGUGUGUGCACUCAACCUGAAGCUGGACCAGCUGGAGGCUGAGCUGCAGGACCUCAACUCCCAGGAAUCCAAGGAUGAAGCAUCGCUGGCCAAGGUGAGGAAGCAGCUUCGCGACAUGGAGGCCAAGGUGAAGGACCAGGAGGAGGAACUGGACGAGCAGGCCGGCACCAUCCAGAUGCUGGAGCAGGCCAAGCUGCGUCUGGAGAUGGAGAUGGAGCGUUUGCGUCAAACUCAUUCCAAGGAGAUCGAGAGCAAAGACGAUGAGGUGGAGGAGAUCAGACAGUCCUGCAGCAAGAAGUUGAAGCAAAUGGAAGUCCAGCUUGAAGAGGAGUACGAUGAGAAGCAGAAGGUGCUGAAAGAGAAGAGAGAGCUGGAGUCGAAGCUUCUGUCAGCACAGGACAAGGUGAGAGGUGGUGACAUAGAGACUGAGAAGCGUUUGAGGAAGGACCUGAAGAGAACCAAGGCUCUGCUGGCUGACGCCCAAAUCAUGUUAGACCACAUAAAGAACAACGCACCAAGCAAGAGGGAGAUCGCCCAGCUCAAGAACCAGCUAGAGGAGUCUGAGUUCACCUGCGCAGCUGCAGUUAAAGCUCGUAAGUCCAUGGAGGUAGAGAUUGAAGACCUACAUGUUCAGAUGGAGGACAUCUCCAAAACAAAACAAGCGCUCGAGGAGCAGCUGAGUCGUCUGCAGAGAGAGAAGAAUGACCUGCAGUCGAGGAUGGAGGAGGACCAGGAGGACCUGAACGAGCUGAUGAAGAAACACAAGGCUGCUGUCGCCCAGUCGGCCCAGAACCUGGCUCAGAUCAGUGACCUCCAAGCCCAGCUGGAGGAGGCCCUCAAAGAGAAGCAGGAGGUUCAGGAGAAGAUGCAAGCCCUCCAGAGCCAGCUAGAGUUUCAGGAGCAGUCCAUGGUGGAGAAGUCCUUCGUCAGCCGGCAGGAGGCCAAGAUCCGUGAGCUGGAGACCAAGUUAGAGUUUGAGAAGACCCAGGUCAAACGUCUAGAGACCCUUGUAGCUCGUAUAAAGGAGAAUGUGGAGAAGCUGACGGAGGAACGAGACCAGCGCAGCAGCAGCGAGAAUCGAGAGAAGGAGCAGAACAAACGUCUACAGAGACAGAUCCGCGACAUCAAAGAGGAGAUGGGUGAGCUGGCCAAAAAGGAAGCCGAGGCCAGCCGCAAAAAACACGAGCUGGAAAUGGACAUUGAGAGCUUAGAGGCUGCUAAUCAGAGCCUGCAGGCAGACCUCAAGCUAGCCUUCAAAAGGAUUGGUGACCUCCAGGCAGCCAUAGAGGACGAGAUGGAGAGUGAUGACAACGAAGACCUUAUCAACAGUUUACAAGACAUGGUGACAAAGUAUCAGAAAAGACAGAACAAAACUCAGGGGGAUUCAGACACCGACUCUGAGGUGGAGGAUCGUGUGGACGGGGUGAAGUCCUGGUUGUCCAAAAGCAAAGGUUCCACCAAGAACUUAUCAGAUGACGGCAGCCUCAAGAGCUCCAGAUUUGCUGUAAAUGUAGACGCAAAGGAAGGGAGAGAAUGGAAAGAGGGUAAGGAAUGGAAAGAGGUAAAUAAAGAGGGCAAAGAGGUGGAGCCCAGCAGGUCAAUGUCAGUGAUGAGCUCCCUCAGCUACAGAAAACGAUCCAACCUUGAUUCCAUCGGUGGCAAAGGGGAUGCCCUCUUCAGUGCCCUCAAGGAGAAUGCAGAGUCAGAAGACACACUAUCCUUCCAUAAAGCUAAACCCAAAACCUCGGAUUUUCAGGAUGAUACGUACUCCAGGAGGAAGUCUCAGGCAGGGGAUGACAUGAAUGACAGAGAAUCAGUCAUCUCUCAAGCUUAUUCAGAGGCCAACAGCCGAGCCAGGAAAGGCAUGGACAGCCGCUGGGGUGACUUUGACAAAGAAUCAACCGUUUCAUACACUGCACAAAGUCGGGCCUCCACACGUCUUGGGUUAAGCCCAGAGAAUGAUGCCAAGUCUACCAUCAGCUUAGGUCUGUCAAGCCCACUUGGACGCCGCCAAAGCACCUCACGCUUAGAUGAGGGCAGAGGCGGACGGCCAAUGUAUGGCAGCAGUCCUAGUAGCCCUUGCUUUAGCAGAAGGUCUGGGGGUCGCAGUCCUGGAAGUGUUAGCCGAGCUGAUUCCCAUAUGUCGCUGGCACGCAGCUGCCGUCUGAGCGAGUUUGACAUUGAUGAUAGUCGAAGUGUGGCCUUCACCGAGAGGUCGGCCUACAGUCCUCACUCGUCCACCGGCCGCAGUCUCUCCAUGCCACCACCACAAGCCAGGUCAUCAACUACUGACCCAAUUGAUAACUUGGAUAUUAAACCAGUCAGUCAUCGCAACUACCUUGACCCUGACCUAGAGAAAGCCAUCAAUGAGGUGCUGAGUUUCAAGCCUAUCAAAUUCAAGCGCAGGAGCUUGGAAGACUCUGAGGGUGAGGAAGAAAAGUCCAAGAAUGAUGAAGACACCGGCAAAGCUAUCCAUAAUCGAGACAGUGCUCGCCCUGCUAGCAGUCUCAGACGCUCUGCAUCCGCUGUGGACUGCAUGAGAUCGUCCCACAGCACCAACAGCUGCAGCAGUCGCCAUCGCAGUAAGAGCAAAGGCAAGAAGAAGAAGAAGAGAAGCCACAGCUCCGAAUCUGAAAGCUCAGGAGAUGACCAUCGUCACAAGAGCAGCUCCAAGAGGAAGUCCAAGAAAAAGUCCAAGAAGAGGGAUGAAUCUCCAUCUUCUUCCUCCUCUUCUUCGUCUUCAGAUUCCGAGUUGGACUCUGGGUCAGACUCGAGCUCCGGGGCCUCCACUAUUUCCUACCGAAGCUCCAGCAGUGUGAAAAGGGCCCCGGUUCGAAAGGUGUCCAGCCCAGAAGGGGAAGGAGAAGCUAGGCCACAGAGUGUGAGCCAACCACAUAACAAAAAGGAUGAUAAAAAGAGAAAGAAGAAGGUGGACAGUCUGAUGAUGAAAUACCUAUACCGGCCGGACAGUGACUGAGGCAGGCAGUAGGUGGUUGCCUGAUGCGGACUUGCCUUGACGAGUGUUUUUGAAGCAUGAUGUGACCUAACCAAUCAGUACCUUUUCACUGUUGUCCCUCAGCACAUUAAAUGUUGUCCAUUCAGUCUGACUGAUAUUAGACUUUAACAGUUUAGAAUUAUAAUUUGUGGGUCGUGUUUCUGAUGAUGUCAUGUUAGGCAUGCUAACAAUUUUUGAUGUUUGCUACUACACAUUCUCAGUUUCAAGCCGAAGAGUAGUGAUCACAACCUCUAUGGUCUUUUCACUAGUUUAAUACUGCUAGGCUUUCAUUGAGGACUCUUUGGGAGCAGAAGAGACUGGGUCUGUUGUGAAGACAUGGAUGUAAAGUCAGCCUUUAAUUGCUCUUGAGACAUCAGAUUGGUUUGUAGCCCCAGAAAGGUAAAAAUAACAGGAGUCAGUUAAGAGAAGCCAUAAUACAUUUUUUCUUCCAGACCAUAACUGCAGGCAUAAUUAGACCCUGAGCAUUGAUGUACACCAACUACCAAAUUAAUUUAGAUGCACAGUUGACAGUAAUUAACCCUGCGUUAGCAAUAUUUAAGCAUUUUGAAUGUUAAAUAAUGUGAAAAGGCUGGGCUAGUCUCUCGUGUGACUGGUGAUGGGAUUUUAGUUCUUUAGGAAUAUUUGGGAUUAUGUUUAAAAAAUGACUUGAAUCAUGUUUAGAUUUGGUCAAAUUUCUUUUAUUUUCAGUACGUUUCAUCUUUUUUUCUUUGGGCUAAUUCACUUGACAACUAACAUUUUGAGAGGAUGGAAUCACAUCUGCACAAUGCUUUGUAUUUGUUAUUUGAAUAGUGUAGAUAUAAUCCCAUAGUGACUAUAAUAACACAAAAUAGUUAUGCAUGCCUAGUGGAGCACAACAUUGCAUGCGAUUUAUUGGUCACUAGAUGCCAGAAGAAAGACUAACCUCACAACAUGUCUGAAUGUACAGCUUCUCCGUGGUGGUUAAGAGAGCUCAGCAUACUGGAACAUAAGAACACAAGCAAAUGAAGAAAACCACAUCAUCACUUUGGCAACACAUAUGUCAAAUUUUGAAAAGAUCCAGCAAAUAGUAACUAUAGUAUUGCUUCAUCAGUUGUAUCAUCAUGUAUUUUUAUAUAUCAUAACAUGUACUUUGCCACUUUGGUUUCUAAACGUGUGUUAUCACAGUUAUGAUGAUUUCUACAUUUGUUUGUGUUUUUUUUACAUUGUAAUGCAUUGAGCUCA